AUGCGGAUGUCAACAAAACCAAAAACACCUUCGCACUACGAUACUCUCGAGAUUAAUUAUCGAGCAACACAGGGUGAGAUUAAAUCAGCGUAUUUCAACUUGUCCAAACAGUAUCAUCCUGAUAAAAAUGACAGUGAAGAAGCAUCUCAAAAAUUUCGGGACAUUAGCAACGCUUAUGAAGUCCUGAGCAAUUUCAAGAGUCGUAAAGUGUAUGAUCGAAGUUUGAUCAUUAAACCAAAACAUCAAAAACAACAUGGACAAAGUACCACGGUGGAUCCAAAGAUACAAUACUAUCAGACACAAGCAGCCAUUUUUAAACAAGAUGCUAAAACUGGCAGCACUCCUAUGUACGAUUUUGAUGAAUGGACCAGGGCUCAUUAUGGGAGAACUUUGAAAAGGAAUAUACAAGAUAAAGAAGAAGCUGAACGGUUACGAGAGUUGAGACAACAUUUUGAGAGCUCAACCUCUCAUAAUAUAUCAGAAGAUCGAUCUAUGUUUCUAAUAUCCAUAUUACUUUUUGGCACUGUAGUCUUUCUCGGCAUGUACAAUCAUUCUGAUGACUUACAUUUAGCUCUGCAGGAGAAAGAAAAAUUUGAAAAAAAAAAAAUUCCUGAAAACUCAAAAGCCACGACAAACUCUAUUUCGUCAGAUUAG